GGGAAAUGGCCUGGGUUAAUAUGACAAAUUCUACGGGUUAAGUGGCACGAUGUUCCAAAGGCACAAGCCCCUCGCUUCCAAAUACAAGAGGGAAUUAUCCCUUCAGAGAGGCUCACAGCCCCCACUGCAGAAUGACAUGAAGAAUUUUCACUCUUUGUCGCAACUCGUCCUCUUUGCCGGUCCACUGAAACCUUCUCCGGCGGCCAAGCGUUCGAAGACCGUUCACUUUGAGGUAGAGAUCCUGGAUGCCCAGACUCGAAAGCAGAUAUGUAUCGUGGACAAGAUAUCUCCGACAUCUACUCUACUUGACGUGAAGCACAAAUUCCACAAAACUUGCCCUCAGUGGUAUCCUUCACGUGUGGGCCUCCAGCUAGAACGUGGUGGUCUCUUCCUGAAGGACUCUGUUAGCAUUCAAAGUCUUGCAGCCUCUUCCAUCGUUACCCUCUACUUUACCGACCUGGGUCAGCAGGUUGGUUGGACCACGGUUUUCCUGGCAGAAUACACUGGCCCAUUGCUCAUCUACCUCCUCUUUUACAUGCGACUGACGGGCAUUUAUGAUGAAAAGGAGAGUUUUAAAAAGUUCCGUCAUCCAGUGGUACACUUGGCCUGCUUUUGCCAUUGUUUACAUUACAUCCGGUGUCUUUUGGAGACGUUGUUUGUCCACAAGCUGUCUGGAGGGCACACGCCUUUGAAAAAUUUAAUUCAGGGAUGUGCCUUUUACUGGGGAUUCACAUCCUGGAUCGCCUACUACAUUAAUCAUCCACGAUACACACCACCAUCAUUUGGAAACAGGCAAGUUACAUUCUCUGCCCUCAGUUUUCUGGACAUGCUGCCGCUAAGAUUCUUGAGUGGAUUUCGCCUGCAGGUGGCUUGGUGUGCUCAAUUUUCAGAGAAGCCUGAGUUUAUAUCUUCUGACCUUUUCCCUGGUACUUCCAACCCAAAUUAGAACUGCCCUGGUCAACUCUGGAAUGAAAACUCCUCCAAAUCAGAAGAAAUUUCACAUAACUCUAGCCCUUGCUGAAUUAUUCUUCCUCAGUCCAGUGAAAGGCUUCCUCAUGAUUUAUAUCCAUGGGUCUGACCUUAAGCCCAGUGUUCAGCCCAGGUUGUCACCUCAUGGGUGCAGAGAAUGGUAACACCCCCCCAUUGCUCAUAGUUCUCUUUGUCCUAGAUGGGUCUAUCUCACCAUCCAAAACACAUUGUUAAUGUUCCCCAAACAUCCUGCCUGUUCCUUUAGCCCUCCUCUCUUACAUUUUCUCCCUCUGAGGUUUCAGGGAACCUUUACACUAGUCUAAUCUCUCCCACCUGCUUUGGCAUUAUAUUGGAACUUCUUUGUUAACAUCUCCCACUUGCUGUUCUCUCCAAGUGGCUCUGAAUAGAUCCACUAAUCAUUGGAAACAACUGCACAGGGAAAGCAGAUAAACUCAUAGGGUUUUCGGUAGGUUAAGAUCUUUCUCUGAGAAAUACUUAUUUCUUCAGCUGUACAAAGCUGACUUUGGGGUUUCUUUUGUUGGGAUAAGGGAGAGGAGCAGCUUA